GGUGCUGCGCCACUUGUACCCGAGUCGCAGAUCUGCACCUCAGCAUGUCGGAGACCGCUCCUGCUGCUCCUGCCGCCGCGCCCCCGGCGGAGAAGACCCCCGUGAAGAAGAAGGCGGCUGCCAAGAAGCCUUCCGGGGCGCGCAGAAAGGCGUCCGGGCCCCCGGUGUCCGAGCUCAUCACCAAGGCUGUGGCCGCCUCCAAAGAGCGCAGCGGGGUCUCCCUGGCCGCGCUCAAGAAGGCGCUGGCGGCCGCCGGCUACGAUGUGGAGAAGAACAACAGCCGCAUCAAGCUGGGGCUCAAGAGCCUGGUGAGCAAGGGCACCCUGGUCCAGACCAAGGGCACCGGCGCCUCCGGCUCCUUCAAGCUCAACAAGAAGGCGGCUUCCGGGGAAGCCAAGCCCAAGCCUAAGAAGGCGGGUGCGGCCAAGGCUAAGAAACCCGCCGGGGCAGCCAAGAAGCCCAAGAAACCCGCAGGCGCGACCACUGCCAAGAAGACGGCCAAGAAGACCCCGAAGAAGGCCAAGAAGCCCGCGGCUGCUGCUGUCACCAAGAAAGUGGCCAAGAGCCCUAAGAAGGCCAAGGCUGCCAAGCCCAAGAAGGCGCCCAAGAGCGCUGCGAAGGCUGUGAAGCCCAAGGCGGCCAAGCCCAAGGCGGUCAAGCCCAAGAAGGCACCCCUCAAGAAGAAGUAGACUGUCUGCUUCGAUUAAAAACCAAAAGGCUCUUUUCAGAGCCACCCCACUGAUCUCAAAAGAGCUGAACACUUGGCCACCUUGGCUGCCCGGCCCUGCCCUCGCGCGCCGGGGCAUCUCAGGGCGGAGACUGCGGGUGCGGAGCGGGGAGGGGUGCGCAGGGAGGCGGACUGGGAGCCCCGCGCUCCUCCCUGCCCACUAACUUCUCUCCCAUGGCUGGUGCGCUUGAGGAAUCCUGCCAGCCCCUCCCUGUUCCCGUGAACUGUAAAAACAACCGCAAAUAAUAAAUUCAGCUGCUUGUUUA